AUGAAUGACCUGACAUCCGACCAGCGCCGGGCUGUGGUUGACCAUCUUCUCUUGCGCAUUGUAAAGGGUCCCUGUAAGCUGCAACGUGGUGCGAUACAAGACGUCGCUCGCAUGUUUGGCCGCAAUCGCCAAACGAUUGCUGACAUCUGGAAGCGUGCCAACGUGUCACUGGGCAACGGCGACCUUCCAGCACGUGAGUUGGUCUGCGAGGACGUUUCGAGCAAAAAAAAGGUCGAGUUGGGCCCUAAGCUAACUGAUGUGAACAAAACUGCCGGCGUGAAGUGGGCCAUGGACUUCGUCCACCCGACCGAGCUCCGAUUCCACGACAUGUACGACUACGUACACGUUGAUGAGAAGUGGUUCAAUGCAACUCGAGUCAAGUCUCGCUUCUACCUCCUCCCCGGCGAGACCCCACCCCAUCGCACGACCCAAAGCAAACGUUUCAUCACAAAAGAGUUGUGGGACGGCAAGAUCGGGACGUGGCACUUUACCGAGAUCGUCCCAGCUGCAAAGUCGUCGCGCAAUCGCCCAGCCGCCAUUAAGGCGAAGUGGCCCACCGAAAGUAGCCGCUCCGUCGUCAUCCAGCAGGACAACGCCCGACCACAUGUGUCCCCUUGGGAUGCCGCCGUUGUCAGUGCCUGCACGUCCGACGGUUGGUCAAUGAGUCUCAAGUGUCAAGCUCCAAACUCACCUGACCUCAACGUGUUGGAUCUCGGGUUCUUUCGAGCCAUCCAGUCGCUGCAGCAGACGCACCAUUCAAACACCUAUCAAGAGAUCGUGGACGCAACGAACAAGACGAUGUCGACCCGUGGUCGUUGGAACGCAACUUCCUUACCUUGCAGUGCUGUCUCCGCGAGGUCAUCAUGGCUGCCGGCGACAACUCCUACAAGGUCCCGCACAUGA